CGAACGACAUAUUAUAAUUGCCUUCUGUACGUCGAGCACUAUAAAACAGUCCGAGAUUCCAAGUUAUCGCAUUUAUUGACGCGUUAUCGGACACUGAAGACCUCUCUGGUAGAAUUAUCAGUUGUUUGUUUGAUUAAGUUUGAUUUUGUGUAGUGAUGGCUCCAAUCCAUGCCGAUGUUAAUAUGAAUGGGAGCAAGGCCGACUCAAUCCCGAAGACGACUUUGCCUGAAGUUGAAACAGAAAACAAUGGAAAUAAACGGUAUUCAUACGAGAUGCUUGUGGAGACUGCAAACUUCCUCUUAUCUAGAACUGCAGUGAGACCCAUCAUUGGUGUGAUAUGCGGCUCUGGGAUGGGUUCGUAUUGGAACGAGGGUUCACUGGCUGAGAAUAUAGCAGACGCGCAAUGUAUUCCGUAUGACGAGAUUCCUAAUUUUCCAAUAAGCACAGUGGAGGGUCACCACGGCCAGCUAGUGUUUGGGCAUCUUAAUAACGUUCCAGUGGUUGCUAUGCAGGGCCGUUUCCAUUAUUAUGAGGGAUACCCACUUUGGAAGUGCUGUUUACCAGUCAGAGUGAUGAAGCUACUCGGGGUGAAGACAUUAGUCGCAACGAAUGCCGCCGGAGGUCUUAACCCGAACUUUAAAAUCGGUGAUUUGAUGAUCGUAAAGGACCACAUCAACAUGAUGGGCUUCGCUGGUAACAAUCCCCUACACGGACCCAAUGAUGAACGAUUCGGACCACGCUUUCCACCAAUGAACAAAGCUUAUAAUUACGAGUACAGGAAGAUUGCUAAAGAGGUUGCCAAAGAGCUGAACAUACAAGACAUUGUAAGGGAAGGCGUGUACACGUGUUUGGGAGGCCCUAACUUCGAAACUGUGGCUGAAAUCAACAUGCUUAAAAUGGUCGGCGUGGAUGCUGUAGGCAUGUCUACAGUGCAUGAGGUGAUCACUGCGAGGCAUUGCGACAUGAACGUAUUCGGGCUAUCUCUUAUCACGAAUGAAUGUGUGACAAGCUAUGAGCACGAAGCUGAAGCAAACCACGAAGAAGUCCUGGACGUAGGGCGUAUGCGACAGGAUAUAUUAAGGAGAUACAUCUCAAAACUCGUCGGUAGGUUCGCUGCGAUACUGAAAAGAGAUAGUCCCUGAAGCAAAAACUCACGCUACUUCUGAUGGAAACGCUGAUCUUUAUUAGAUCUUAUACCAUAAAAAUAUAUUAUAUUUAUUAAAAUUAGGUACUUCUUAGCACUUACCUACUUAAUUCAAAAAAACGUGACAAUAGCUAGAGGUUAAAGGCCAUAGCUCACUAGCCACCCAGCACCCAACCUUUAUAUGGACUUCUAUGGACAAACGCUUUAACUCCGUGCAAGGCGAUCCGCAUAGUGAACGUAUGUCCAUAGAAGUCCAUACAAAGAAUACUAACCGCGCGAGUCGAGGCGGUGUAGGUCGGGUGCCGGGUGGCUCUAAUGAGCUAUGACCUUUAGCAUGUAUACUUUGUUCUAAAACUUAUAUCGCUGGCUGUAAACUUAUUAAGUGUUAUUUAAUAUUUUAAGAAUUGAAUGAAUCUGAUGCCAUUUUAUUCUAUUUGGUCUAAGUAUAGGUAGGGUAUAAAAUAACUGUGACCAAAGCGGUGGGUUUGAAACUAGUUGGGCUUACGUCGACUAAAUACGUGAGUAGGUAUAGCCGUAACAAUCUAUACUUAUAAUAGAUAUAAAUCAGUUAUAAAAAUAUCAAAAAGUAAUUUUACUUAGAGAAUAUUAUUAUUUUAAGUAAGUUUAAGUAGCAUAAAGGCACUGUAAAAAGGUCGGUGGUUCAAACCUCACCUGUUGCACGAUUGUCGUACCUACCUACACCUUACACAAGCUUUACGCUUAGUUGGAGGGGAAAGGGGAAUACUAGUCAUGAUCAACAUGACUAAUAUUCUUUUAAAAAAAAUAAGCUCGCAAAGCACAUCUUUUAAAAAUGUCUAUUACGGAACUAUGUAUUUAACAAUAAUGGAAAGUUCAUAAAAAAUACUCUGACCUGCCUUCUUGGACUUCGGAGGGAUCCUUAUCAUUAGCCAUAUGUAAAUUAUAUUAUUAAUAAACUAAAAAUGUAUUGAUUUAAUAAAGCUUCCUACCUGCA